GAUUGUGAAAUUGCCGUAAUCCAGACACUUCCUUGCAUACUAAGGAAGAGGAGGUGUUAAAAGUUCAAACUUGUGCAGGUGAUUUGUGAGAGAGCGAGAAAAAAUGGGCAAGUCCACAGCAACGAAGCAAGCGAUGGUGGUGUUUGGGGCGCUCGCAUUUGGUUGGCUAGCCAUAGAGACGGCUUUCAAGCCGUUCCUCGACAAGGCCAGAGCUGCCAUGGCCAAGUCUGAUCCCAAUCAUGAUCCCGACGACGAGGAGGCGAAUCACACUGAUACUGUCGAUCAAGCCUCCUCUGACGGCGUUGCUGUUGAUUCCUCCGAAGGUAAGUCUGACAAGUAGAAGGAACUAGAUUACUAGAACAUACAUGUAAUCGGAGGUUAAAUAAAGCAAAAGUUUUCUUAGAUGCUCGCGUCUGCAGAAAGUGUCAGAUCUAUUUUCACCAUUUCUCCUCGUAUCUCUCUUUGGUAUUCUGAAAGUUUUCUGAUUUUAGCAGCUCGUA